CCGAAAUGUUGAAGGUGUUUUUGUUAGUUUUGUGUGUGUAUGGAGGUUUUUGCGAGGAUUACGAUACUACGGAGUCCGAAAUCACUACGGAUGAGACAACUGUUUCGACCAGCAGUCUUCCUCCGGUUCGGUCAGGUAUCCUGAAGAUACCCAAGAGUGCUAGAUAUCUAGGGACUCCGCCCCGUCGGCCUAGGGCUCGCUGGGUGUCAGAUGUCCUGCAUGAUGGUCUUAGGGGAUUCGCUCCUACAGGGUCUUCCGAAUGUGAUAGACACAGCCGACUUUACCAGGAGAAUUUGAGGAAUUUGACGUUAUGGGCGGUUCAGAUGUACGACGCAACGUCUCAAUCUUCUCAGGGAUUGUUGGCUGGCAACUCUUAUCAGCUGGGCCACUUCGAUCAGUGUAUCUCCCUAAGUGUGCCUUCCCUGAAGUUGGCUGGACGCUACUGUCUGGUUGACAUUAGGUUUGCCCCUGAUUAUGCUAACUUCAGAACUCCUCAUCCGGAAUCCAAGUUCUACCAACCAUACAAUCGACUUUCCAUAUGGGAAAGAAUAAAGAACUCUUCAGAUCUCUCGCACCGCCCCAGGGACGUUGUCCAGUGGUCGCUGUGUGUUCCUGCCUCCUGCACUGUCGCCGAGGUGAGGUCCUCUCUGGUCUCCGCCCUCCGUGGUCUGGAUCUGUCCCUUGACGUGUCCCUUGGUGAACAUGGCUGUUAUGCGACAACAGAUGAGGAACCUCCGUCACUAGGCUUCUAUGUUGUCUGGUUAGUCAUUCUGCUGGCUGUGGUGAUAUCAUUUACAGCAACUGGGAUGGAUUUCUUUGUUUAUCAAGCGGGAAGACCUCACAGUUUAGGAAUCAGACGAUGGCUGAGGACCUUCUCUAUGUACAAGAACAUGGGCAAGUUGGUGACUCCCAACUCAAACUCAGAGUUUGCCGAGUUCCACGUAUACAAGUUAAUCGCCAUCAUGUUUGUGAUAGCUGGCCACAGACAGAUGUACAACAUAGGACAGACCCCACUAUACAAUGUAGAUUGGGUUGAGCGGCUGAAUUCCUACUUCGUAGACAUAGUGAUCCUGAACGGCGGUGUAGUGGUCGACACUUUCUUCGUCCUCAGUGGUUUCCUCACUUGCCAUUACAUCUUACAAGAGCUUGACAAACAAAAACGUUUCAACUUCGCCGUCGUCUUCUUCAACAGAUGGAUAAGGAUAGCCCCUGUGUACAUGCUUGUUGUUGCCUUCUACGCAUUCGUGUUUCCACACCUCGGAGACGGUCCAUUGUGGAGGGAAAGGCUCCUCAGAGAGUCGACAAGAUGUCUUGACAACUGGUGGGCAAACCUGCUGUUUAUCAACAAUUAUGUACACGACGAUAACCAGUGUAUGGUACAGUCGUGGUAUCUAGCGUGUGAUAUGCACUUCUUCAUGAUAGGCUCUGUGUUGGUAUAUAUACUCUGGAGAUGGCCCAAGUUAGGGAAGGCACUUCUGGGGCUAAGUUUGGCCACUUCAAUCGUCAUCCCAGCAGCAAUUACCUACUACAACAGCUACUAUGGUGCCGUGCUACAUUACUUCAGCCUCAUGCAAGACCCGAUGUCAGAGCAACACUACAGAGACCUCUACAUCCCUAGUCACACAAGAGCUGGUCCGUAUCUCGUUGGUAUUAUUGCUGCUUACAUCUACUUACAGCUCAACCGAAGAAACUUUAAAUUCUCACAGAGAGCGAUGGUAGGAGGAUCUCUCAUGGCCGGUGUCCUCCUCCUCGGCAGCAUCGCUGCAGGAUGGAUCAGCUACGACAGGGCGAGGCCCUACAUCCGCUGGGAACAGUCCCUCUACUCUGGCAUACACAGGGCAGCCUGGGCCGUGGGACUUGCGUGGUACAUCGUUGCAGAGGCAACAACUGGAUUUGGGGUGUUCUACCUCACUGUCAAACACAGGUUCUUCACUCCGUUUGGUCGUCUUACAUAUUGUGUGUUCCUGGUACACACCAUCCCCCAGAUUUAUCUUACAGCAUCCGCAAGAGUUCCUGAGUACCUCUCGGUACCAAAACUGUUUUGGGUGGUGACUGGGGACGGAGCUGCUGCCUACAUUUUGGCUCUGUGGCUCAACCUGCUUUUCGAGGCACCUCUUGAGAGGUUACACAAGAAAGUUGUCAGAAGGUUUUUACAAGGAAAUAAAACGAAUACACCUGACGACGUUGAGUUGGCUAGAAACGGUGACCAGAAUCAAGACUCAAACAGUAAACACGACGAACAAGAAACAAACAAGAUUAAAAAUAUAAUCUAACCCGGUGUUAGAUUAACUUGUUGAUUAUGUAAAUUUAGAACUACAGUUACCUGUGGGCGACUCAAGUUGUGCAUAAAUAAUUUAUCACAAACACACUAUAAUUAAGAUCUGUUUCUGAAAUGUUGAUACUACGAUAAGAUAAUUGUUUAUAA